AUGUUUAGUACUACAGAGAUUAAAGAUAAUACAAUAGUACCAUUCCUUGGUUACACAUAUCCAAUCAAGAUUGUAUCAAACUUGAAUGAGGAGGAACAAACAAAUACAUCAGAUGUAAAUAGUAGAUACAAAUUUGUAAAGAAUCAAAAUUAUAAAGCAAUCGAUAAUACUGGUACCAGUACUUCUAUUGUUGCUGGUGAAGUUAUUUCAUUUCAAAGUUUACAACAUUCAGUUUGCUUUGCAAAGGGAGUAUUACUACAUUCCUUUUUAGAAAAUGCUGAACGUAUUCUAUACAAUAGAUUGUCGAGAACACAACAAUCUGUGGUCAAAGGGACUGAAUCUUUGGGUUAUGUUGAACCCGAGUUGAUCCUUACACAUCUCAAAAAAUACAGACCAUCAUCCAGUCGCAUUGAACAAGACUAUUCAGAAACUGUCAAUGGAGAACGUACAAAGAGUGACAUUCAUGUCCUUCACUUUUCACUCACCGAUAUCAAAUCCUACAAUGAUUUACCCGCUCUUGUUACACUCAAUUGGCAAGCUCUCGAGGAUGUCAUUGAAGUUAGUGGAAAGAUACUAGACAUUUCAAUCAUUAGAUAUGUAGAUAUAUCAUUUAGAAUUAAUAUUAGAACUCAUCAUGUAUUGGUUGAUUUUAUUCAACAAUGUUAUCAAGAUAAAGAAUAA